AAUUAAAUAAGCAAAUGAGUUUAAGCACGAGUUUAAAAAGUACCAAGGAUGACAAUGAUGUGGCAACACAUUCGCACUAGAGUUAACAGCUACACGAUAGCGAACUAGAACAACAACAACAACAACAACAUGUUUAAAAAGUUUGAUGAAAAAGAGAAUGUGUCUGGUGUGAACAAUGCAAAGUCUUCAGUUCAGAGAGCAGUGAAAUCGUCAGUGCUGCAACAGUUCCCUACCAUUGAAGGUUAUAUGGAUCAGAUCUUACCAAAGAAAGAUGCCUUGAAACUUGUGAAAUGUCAUGAGCAUAUAGAGAUCCUGGCCAACUCGAGCGGGGAACCAAUAUUUUUCAGACAAAGAGAUGGACCUUACUUCCCUACACUCAAACUUCUUCAUAAAUAUCCUUUUAUUCUACCACACAUGCAGGUUGAUAAAGGGGCAAUCCGUUUUGUUCUCAGCGGAGCAAACAUUAUGUGUCCAGGGCUAACAUCACCAGGAGCCAAGAUGACGAAAGUUGAUAAAGAUCAGAUUGUGGCAAUAAUGGCAGAAGGCAAAGGUUGUGCUCUUGCAAUAGGUGUCACAAAAAUGUCAACAGAUGAUAUCCUAGAAAAGAAUAAAGGUAUUGGUGUGGACAAUAUACAUUACCUAAAUGAUGGACUUUGGAACAUGAAAGCAGUUAAAUAACAACAAUGAUGACCUAGUUUGUAGUUUAUUAAAAAGAAAAUAUUUGGUGGACCUUCCAAGACAAAUUGUCACUCUGUGUCUAUACUGAGAAUACCUUCAGAGAAAAACAAUCUGAAUAUUAUGGAUCUGCUAUGUUGAGUUCAGUGUAACCUCUUUUACUGCAAAAAAAAAUUGGGGUGGAAAAACUGUGUUUGUUAAACAGACUUAACUUUCCACUGUUUGUUAAACAGACUUAACUGUGGAAAGUAUCUGGGAAAAACUGUGUUUCUUAAACAGAAGUUGUUGCUAUGGAGAUGCUAAUCUACAGUCAGAAAGAAAAUAUCUGUCUUUGUAGAGAGGUGUUGGUUUCUUUAGAGAUGUUAACAGAGGUUGCACUGCAUGAGGGAACUUCCAGUGGUACUUUAUUUAUUCUUUACCUUUUCCGAAAUGAUUAAAUGAAAUGUAAUAUUAGCUAAUGCAUAGCAUUUAACCCAUGAAAAUUAAUUUAUAAGACAAAUAUGGAGAUUAUGAACAGGCACUUUUUAAUGAAAUAGUUGUUGUUUGAUAUAUUAGUGAAAUAUUACUCAAGUAAUUGAAGAAAAUAAAUUUAGGGUGCAGUGUGUGGAUCAAUAUUCUCAAUAUGUGAUUUCUGCAUUUUACUGUUACUUUUGUUAUAUGAAGCAAUGUACAUGUAGAAACAUAGCAAUGACGAAUGCUGAAAUAGCAUACUAAAAUACCUUGUCGUUAAAGGUCCACUUUAAGUUAUGUUACAGAUCAUAAGUGCUAAAAUUUGAAGAUUGUGACUGUAUAUGAUAAAUCAAUUAGAAAAUCUGAUCAUCAAAAUAUUGCAUUAAAUCUUUCAAGGGAAAAGCAAAAAUAAGGAAAAUUCAAAAAUACAAUUGUAUAUUAAUUAUUAUCAUUCUGUGGCAAUUUUCAGGUAAUCCAGAACCUAAUCUGUGAUGUACAUUGGUCAAGUUUGCAAAAUCAUGAAUGAAUUUUAUGUAUUAAUGAUAUCUAAUGUAAAAAUGUGUUUGUUUAAUCAUGUUUUUUAAAGCUGAAGACUUCCUCUAUACUUCUGAUAUGUAGGAUUUUAAUUUUUCUCCCACUUUUUACCUACAAUACCCCAUUAAAUCAAAAACAACUUACUUAAAGUACACUUUCAUUGAGAAUUCUUAGUGUAAUUAUGAUGCUUUUAACCUGUGAUGUCACAUGUUGGCAUUUUUUUUUUUUUCAAAUAUUUUGUAUUGGCAUUGUCUAGAUUUUUCGAGGUGGUAUUUUUUUGCCAUUUACCUCUAUACAUGAUGUAAAGCUUUUGAGUUAUAUAGUGAUGUUAAACCUGCGUUACUUAUUUUAGAGGUAUGUUAGUUAUCCCAAUUGCAUGCUUGUUGUGCAAUUAGAUACAGGAAUUUAAUAAAUGCAAAUAAAUAAAUUGUUGUAGC